AUGGCUCCAAGAGUCAAAGCAAUCGGGCUUGCCGAUCCGCGUGUCGACAAAUGCUCCGAUUGUGGCAACCAGUACUACGACGAUGAUCAUCCUAUUGAAAGACCGAACACCGACAUUGUACCCCAAGAUAGUGGUCCAGAAAUAUUCGACAUUAUUCGUGAAGAACUUGAAGCCCAGGAAGUCGAAAAAGGAAAAGGCUUCUUUAUUCCCCGAAGCUCGCUCCAAGAGAUAUUCACUCCCGGACGUCUCCUCGCAGCCAUACAACAACUGUGGAAGGAUGUCCCAGAAGAAGAUCACCAGCGACUUUGUAUCCGUGUUCUCCACGAAUCUCAUGACGGCAAUAACAAAGAAGUGACCUUCGCCCUCAAGAGGCUUCACGCGUCCGAUAAAGAGGCUUUCGACAAGGAAUUGGCAUCCCUAAUCUCCGUCAAGACCCAGAAAAGCACGCACCUCAUCAAGCUGCUCACCACGUUUUCCGUCAUUGAAGAAGAUGGCGGAAGUGAAGUGUUCUACCUGCUCUUCCCCUGGGCAGAGGGGAACCUGUGGAAAUACUGGAAAGUUCACCAGCCCAGAAAUCAACAGGAACGCCUAACCUCCGCUCUGUGGAUGGCUCAACAAUGCCACCAACUCGCUCGUGCUCUGCUGUGCGUCCACAAUGAGAGACAACAAACGCUGAAAUUGUACGAAUUUCCGGCCGGAAAAGACGAGCUAUACGGACGUCACGGCGAUAUUAAAGCUGAAAAUGUUCUUUAUUUUGAAUCUGACGGCAUGCUUGUACUUUCUGACUUUGGGCUUGGUCGCCUUCACAACAAAUAUUCUCGAUCCAAUGCUGACCCCAAAGCUCUCGAGAAAUCAGCAACCUAUCGAGCGCCCGAGUUUGACCUCGCUAGAGGUCGCAUAUCUCGAGCAUCCGAUGUCUUUUCGUUAGGGUGCAUGUUCCUCGAGUUUGUUACAUGGCAAAUUCUGGGCUAUGACGCUGUAUACGAUGAGUUUCCCACUUACCGCAUGGAAGAGGACAUAACACAUGGAUUCGAGUCGGAUAUUUUUUUCAAGGUCGAGGGCGAAACCGCUAUCAUUAAGCCCAAGGUGCACGAGUGGAUGGUGCGGCUCAAGCAACACGAGAACGCAUCCGAGUACACUAAGCAGUUUCUCGAUGUCAUUGAGGAGAUGCUCAGCCCGUAUCCGAAGGAUCGAAUCAAUGUUGUGAAGCUCGAAAGCAAGCUUUAUCUUCUCAGAAGAACGUGUGAGACCGAUACAAGCUACUAUGGCGCUCUACAUUCGUGAGGUCUCAGCCGCAAAGCCACGACUGGAACGUUUGGAAAGGCAUUGUAUCUUGCUCAUCCUAUCUAUGGCUAUCAGAAUCCCGGGCAAUGAGUGCCUGGUUAGCCUGUAAGGCGUUCUGGAGCUCAAUCACGCCGCACCAGAAUCGCAGCAGCUGGGUGGGCACAUCCAAGUAGAGCAGUUGGGCGAUUUUUAGAGCGCCUACUGGCAACCACCUAUUUUCCCCUUGCUUUCAUCAUACGUUUCCUACUACUGACCUUUACAUCAUGCUGGAUCGUGGGAGGUAACUUGUAUGGUCAUACUUGCUCUGGCAAAACGCCUUGUAUUUGCGUUGGUUUUUGUUUUUCUUUCAAAUCCGCUUGCGUUCCAUGCUCUUUCUUUCUUUUUUUCUUUCUUUUUCCUUGCAACUCGUUCCUAGAUUGCCUGUUGAACCUCGACUACUCCAAAAUUUCUAGUAGUGCGAAUAGAUCGAAUUUUCAAGC